CUAGCGGGACUGAAGUGAAAAGUUAGUCCAAAACAUUCCCAGGCAGAUUGAUUUAAACGGUGUUAAACAGCCUCCAGCAGGGAAAAACAAACAAACAAAAGGGUAAAACACUGGAUUUUUGUUGAAAAUUCUGCAAAACUGGUACUAUCAGUAAAGAUGUACUUAAUGAAAGGAGUUAAGUGGUGCAGUCCUGUAAGUCAGAUGGGCAAAGUAACAGGAAGCUUGUUUAAAGCACACACAUUAAAGAACAUAUUGGGCAUCAAUGAACAACAACUCAAAAUUUCACGUGCAUCAUCUCAACUUAGUUCUGAAAAGGCAAACUCUUAUAACUAUGUCAUUGUUGGAGCUGGAUCAGCAGGGUGUGUAUUAGCCAACAGACUGACAGAAGACCCUCUCAGUACUGUGCUCCUUUUGGAAGCAGGCCCUAAAGAUACCCUUCUAGGCAGUAAAAGACUGAUGUGGAAGAUUCACAUGCCUGCUGCAUUAACAUACAACCUCUGUGAUGAGAAAUAUAACUGGUAUUACCACACAACACCCCAAAAGCACAUGGACAACCGAGUGAUGUACUGGCCCCGAGGGAGAGUGUGGGGUGGCUCCUCUUCCCUCAAUGCUAUGGUUUACAUCCGAGGGCAUGCAGAGGAUUAUAACAGAUGGAACAGGGAAGGGGCUACGGGAUGGGACUAUGAACAUUGCUUGCCCUAUUUUAAGAAGGCACAGACACAUGAACUGGGGUCAAAUCAGUACAGAGGUGGAAAUGGACCUCUGCACGUGUCGAGAGGGAAAACAAACCAUCCUCUUCAUCAAGCAUUCCUGGAGGCAACCCAGCAAGCUGGGUAUCCCUUCACAGAUGAUAUGAAUGGCUAUCAGCAAGAAGGAUUUGGCUGGAUGGACAUGACUGUACAUCAAGGUCAAAGAUGGAGCACAGCUAGUGCUUAUCUUCGCCCAGCCAUAUCACGCCCAAAUUUGUCAGUUGCAGAGAAGACACUUGUAACAAAAAUCUUGUUUCAAGGAACAAAAUGCAUUGGUGUUGAAUAUGUGAAAAAUGGGCAAACGGAAAAGGUUUUUGCCAAUAAGGAAGUUAUUUUAAGUGGAGGUGCCAUAAAUUCUCCACAGCUGCUUAUGUUGUCUGGAAUUGGAAAUGCAGAUGAUCUAAAAAAACUGGGGAUCCCUGUUGUUUGCCAUCUUCCUGGAGUAGGCCAGAACCUUCAAGAUCAUUUAGAAGUGUAUGUCCAGCAAAAGUGCACCAAGCCUAUUACUCUGUAUAGUGCACAAAAGCCACUUAACAUGAUGAUGAUUGGUCUGGAAUGGCUUUGGAAAUUUACAGGUGAGGGAGCCACUGCCCACUUAGAAUCUGGUGGUUUCAUCCGAAGUGAACCAGGGGUUCCUCACCCCGACAUUCAGUUCCACUUUCUUCCUUCUCAGGUGAUUGAUCAUGGUCGGGUUGCUUCCACAAUGGAAGCUUACCAGGUCCACGUGGGACCCAUGAGGAGCACAAGUGUGGGCUGGCUGAAGCUGAAGAGUACAGACCCCAAUGACCAUCCUAUCAUCGAGCCCAAUUACCUGUCAACAGAAAGAGAUAUUUGGGAAUUCCGCCAGUGUGUCAAAUUGGCCAGAGAGAUCUUUGCUCAGAAAGCUUUGGAAAAAUUUUGUGGGCCUGAAAUUCAACCGGGAAGCCACGUUCAGUCUGACAAAGAAAUAGAUGCUUUCAUAAGGCAGAAGGCUGAUAGUGCUUAUCAUCCUUCCUGCACCUGCAAAAUGGGUCUGCCUUCAGACAGCAGCGCUGUAGUUGAUCCCCAAACAAAAGUCAUUGGCGUUGAAAACUUGAGAGUUGUCGAUGCUUCAAUAAUGCCCAGUGUUGUCAGUGGAAAUCUGAAUGCCCCAACUAUCAUGAUAGCAGAGAAAGCUGCAGAUAUAAUUAAGGGCCUCCCGUCACUUCAGGAGAAAAACGUUCCUGUAUAUAAGCCCAAAACCUUGGAAUCACAGAGAUAAAGGAAUAUUCUCAUCCUUUCACAUCUUUUGCUACUUAGACUUUGAUCAGCAUGUGAGGGUCUCAUACUGAACAUGCCAACAUGAUAAAUACAUAAAUACAAAACAACAUAUCCUAAUAAAAUAACUAUUAAUUUGAACUUUUUUUUUUAUUAUUAGACUACCUGCCUUUUUUUUUUUUUAAUGAGCUGGCUUAAAUUGCUUAUUUUAGAAUUACAGAAUCAUAGAAUAUGCUGAGUGGAAAGGACCCAUCAGGACCAUUGAGUCCAACUUCUGACCCUGUGCAGGCCACCCCAAGAAUCACAAGUUAAGUUAAAUAUGACCUCCUGUGGUAAAUUCAAACUUUUUGUUGAAGAGAAGCUGUUUCUAAAUGAGAGGUGUGCACAUGAGCCAGAAAUACUGUGCAAUUGCAUGAGGAAUGGAAGAUAUUAAUGUGUGCUAUUUUGAAAAUCAUUAUGGUCUGCCUUGUAAUUUAAAGGAAGAGUUUUAACUGCUGUGAGAAUAUUACCCAGGCUAAUGGCUAGUCAGUUAUCCCCACAUCCUGCAAGGAAUGCUUAAGUAAAUGUAAGCAUUUAGGCAAUUUCAGAUUCACAAGCCAAAGUGGUUUGUAUCAGAAUUCAUAGCAAAGAGAGGAACCUGCUCAGAGUUUGUUAAAUGUUGUGUCUACGAGAGGAACACAUGGUUUACAAAUUCACACUGAAGAUGAGAUUUCAUUAUACUCAGCAGUCUUAACUGUAUAGUAUUCAGGAAGAAGACAUACAUUGCAUAUAUCAGAAGCUUAUUCUUUAAAAAAAUGCAGAGCUGGAGCUAAUAUUUAUAAAAAUAUUUAUAAAAAUGUAACAGAAAACUGGAAUUUCUCCUUGUUUGUUUGUGGUUUGUUUUUUUUUUUUCCACAAGGAGCUUAGUAGAAUUCUAUUCACAAUUUAAGCUGAUUUAGUUGUACUACUUUAUCAUUUGGGACAGUAACAGAUCUGCACUUUCUGUAACAUCCUUAAAGUUACUGGUCUUAGCUCUAAGAUUAUUGUUUGCAAAAGAUAUUUCUCAACAAAUAUUGUGAAUAGUGCCUUGCUAUCAAUAAAAUUUAAUUAAAAAAAUUACAGCCAAACUACAUUUAAAAUGAAAUGUUAUUCAAAAUAACUGCAUAAGCUGAUAAUAUGGGAAGAGAUCUUUUUAAAUUAGAAGACACGUAUUUUAGUCAGUGAAUCCAUUUUAGUUAGGACUUAAAUCUUAAUUUUAUUAUCUUCAAAUGUGUAAAUUAAGCUACAUGAUCUUUCAUGGCUGUUUUCUGUGUCAAUCUAACUUUCAGGUACUGAU